AUGUAUAUCCUGAGCAAAGCAACUCUAACGGUGCUCGUCACCAUCCUCGCCACAACCGCCAACGCUCACUCCUGGGUCGAGCAACUCACAGUGAUCGCUGCAAAUGGCACCUUUGUCGGAUCGCCAGGCUAUGCAAGAGGCAACGUACCUCGCACAACCCCCGAUUUUAGUGACAAGGCCAUGACCUGGCUGAACCCGUCAAACGGGGGUACCAAUCUCAGCGCAACCGACAUGAUGUGCAAGGAGACACAGCGGAAGCAGAAGCAGACGGAUGGUAGUCCGCGACUCGAGGCCAGCGCUGGCGCGGCCAUUGCCCUCCGAUUUCAAGAGAAUGGCCAUGUAACUCUGCCGCAGAAUCAGCCCGGGAAGCCGAAGAAUCGGGGGACGGUUUAUGUGUACGGCACGACCGAGCCAAAGGAGGAUGAAAAGCUUCUUGAUGUCCAUAAGUCGUGGAAUAAAGACGGCACAGGGGGCGAUAAACGGGGAGUACUCUUGUCAAAGCAGAAUUUCGACGAUGGUCGUUGCUACCAGGUCAACGGCGGCAGUAUAUCCACGAAUCGUCAGGCCAAGUUCAAGCACACUGCCAAUCAGUUGAUGGGUGCCGACCUUUGGUGCCAGCAAGACAUCGCAUUGCCUUCCAAUGCGCCCACCGGAAAGCCAUACACCCUCUACUGGGUGUGGGAUUGGCCUACAGCCCCUGGCGUCGAUCCGACUUAUCCAAACGGCAAACCAGAGGUAUAUUCGACGUGUAUGGAUGUGGAUGUCGUUGACAGCCCGACAUCUCGCUCCCGUGUCGCAUUUGGAUAUGACAAGGAUCAGUCUUUGGACACGGCUGCAAUCCCGGGCCAAUUUGCGGAGCUCCAUGGAUCUGGUGCUUCUCAAGGUACGGAGGACAGUUCUUCUGCCUCUCCAUUUUCUUCGGUUGCAGCAUCACCAUCGCCGUUGCCAACGACAACCACAACACCGCUUGCCGCUGGAGGCCGGAAGCUAUCCCAGCCGACGGGAAUCCCUUCGUUUGUGACCAAGAUAAAGACCGUUUUUCCAAGCAACUGUCAAAAUCAGCCUAGCUCUUCAGCCAACGCUUAG